UGAAGUCGCGGCAGGCACGCACGGCAGCGGCAGCCGAGACGCGCCACACAAGUAAUUGUGGCGUCGCGCUGACAGCGAACAGUCGUUUCGCAGCUAAAACAGUACGCACAACAAGCAAAGUAACUUUUACGUGACAAAACUAUUUACAAAAAAGAACACUAAAAAUAUCACGUUACAUCUAUAAUAUUAGUGAAGUUCUAGUGAAUUCCCAUCAUUACGGUGCAGUGUUCAUAUCUGACAGUUCAAUGUUUGUGACAUGUUGUGACAUUCCUGGAAAUUCGUGGUUUAUUUGUAAAUACAGCAUUACUAACUCUUCAAGGGUAUUUUGAGUCAUAAUUUAAUUGCAACGUAUAAAAGUUCUUCGAUAAUUUUUGAUUGGUGAUACAUGGCGUGUGUAUAAUUUAAUGGAUAAGUAGACUAGUGGAAGACUGUUGUGGAAGGAUUAUUUAUAUCGUGGCCUCUAGAAACGAGGCGGGUGGAUCAGCGUUACGUCCACCAAAGAGUGAACAACAAAUGUGUGUGAUAGAAAGGACAAGCAGCAGAAUUAAUUCGUUGAAUAUGACUUUAGCGGCGAGGUUACAUGUACCGAAUGCAUGCGUGGAAGUCGGUGUACCAAUCGGCAGCUGGUCGGGAGCAUGCCCAAACUGCAGGCACGAGCUCCGCGUAUCCCUGGCAGCGUGCCCUGGCAAGCGGCAGGCCCCCCCAACACCACAGAUGCACGUCGCAUCACCGUUCCUCUUCCCACCAACAUACUUCACACCGUACUGCACCCCUCUACCGCCAUACGACGACAGUUUAAGAGCAAGAUUAGGAGACACGUACAAAGCAUUACGGUUAUCAGGGUGGUACUACGGGAAUUUAGAUUGGCAGGGUGCACGUAGUUUAUUAAAAGAAGCCAGUAUAGGAGCGUUCCUGCUCAGAAACUCCGGGGACAGCAAUUUCAUAUUCUCACUAUCAGUCCAGACAGACCGAGGGCCUACGUCUGUCCGGUUACACUUCGAGCAUGGGUUCUUUAGGUUAGACUGCGACCUGGUGUUAGCGAAGUACAUGCCGCGGUUCCGAUGCGUAGUUGAGCUAGUGCAGCAUUACACGCGCGCGGGAGAGCGCUCCAGCGGCGCUGGCACCAUGUGGGUGGACCGCGACGGCUGCCCACAUUCCCCCGUGCUUCUCACCAGCCCCCUUCGCUCCAGCCCCCCCACCCUCCUCCACGCUGCCCGCCUUGCCCUCCAUAAGGCCCUGGACUCCAAUCCACUCCAACCCAAACUAUGGUGCGCACCCAAACACAGACUGCUCCCUCUCCCCUCCGCUCUCAUAGACUAUCUCGGCGAGUACCCCUACUCGAUCUGAUCUGUAUUAUUUAUUUAGUCAAUCCUAGAAUAAACUGUAGCGAUCAUAAUACUGUAUUUAAUUUGUACAAAUUGUAUAGUACGCUAGCACAGGAUGCUAGUGCGAAGGGCCGGCUCCUUUCACUACCGACUAACGAAUUAAUUUAUGAAUAGUUUAAAUUAUAACUGUAUUAUUCGUAAGUAUUCAAUAUGGGACUCAACUACGGUAUUUAGUGGAAUGUUUACGCAGAUUAUUUUUGUUAAGUCAACUCUGUGUCUGUAUAUAGAGAUGUUUUGUGAAAAUAUUGCAAGACUGAUUCGUUGAAUGUCCGCUGUGACAAUGUCUUCUCUAUUGGUGCUCGUCUUUCCAGUCGUUCAUAUGAGCUGGCCGAUUCUAAGAUUUAGCUGAAUUGGAGCAUGACAGGAUCCUUGUGUUUCAUUUGAAUUUGAAGCAAAUUGAAUUAUAUUUCAUUCUAUCCAGGACUUAUAUCGGCUGUAUAAACGACUGAGCGGACGAGCGCCCCUCCUGAUAUUAUUAUGUUAGUAAAAUGUUCACUAAUGCCUAUCUUGUCCAUUGUCUUAAGAAAUCAUCACAAUAUUUUAUAGAGUUAUAUUUUUAUUUUAUUUAUUUCUCGAUUAAGCAUUAGGGUUAUCCAUUCACAGAUAUGUGACAAGCUAUUUUAUCUUUGUUCCUAUAUUUGUAUUAAGUCUUCUGAUUCAUUCACCACCACUUCAAGUUCCCAGGCACCCAUGUAAAGUAUGUAAAUUCUUUUAAUUUAUACUUAUACCAAGUGCCAUCAAUAAAUAUAACAACCAUGUAAUUGACCAUAGGGAUAUAUUGAUGUAUUUUUGAGGCUGACCAUGUAAAUAUUUCUUGUUUUUGUUUUCUAUUUAUUUCUUAAUUAUAAUUAGUUUAGUUGAAUAGCUGUCGCAAAAAUUUUUAACCAUAUAAUGGUUCUUUGGUGUAUGUAAUGAUGUAACAAUAAUAUAGAAUGGUGAAGAAUAGUGAUACUAUAGCUAGUGAUAUUCACUAAUGUAAGGUAAACUUAAUAAUUGUACCUUAAAUAAUCUCAAUUAGAAUGUAGUUUCAUGGUAUAAAUAAUUGGAAUUGCUGGUGUUUUAUGUUAAUUUAAAAUCAGCCUCGAAAAUAGUUUUGUGUCAUGUCUCCUGUCUUCAUAAAUGUAUAGGUACAUUAUUUACUUUGUGAAACAAAUUUAUUUUUAUACCAUUUUGUAAGGGGAAAGCACCAAUUAAAUAAGUGUGACAUAAUAGGUGAAUUCUUGUGUUUAAAUGUUUGUAGACUAAUGUAUCAAAGAACUGCAAAUAAUUUAUAUACA